AUGGCUAGUAUUGUCUAUAACCUUCCCUGUGAAGACUCUAUUCCAGAGUUCUUUGGUAAUCGAGUUCCACUUCUUGUAAAUUUGCCUGCCACGUCAGAUGAGCCUAGCCGGAGCGCAGAGGACGAUGAGCGGAAGCAGAGAAGGAAAAUUUCGAACCGAGAGUCAGCUCGGAGAUCGCGUAUGAGGAAAAGGCGACACCUGGACGAGCUGUGGUCCAUGCUUGUUCAGCUCGUCAAUGAGAACCAUUGCCUGGUCGAUGAGCUAAACCGAGCCAGGGAGGGUUAUAAGAUGGUUGUAGAAGAGAACACGAAACUUCGACAAGAAAAUUCCAAUUCGAUGAAGAUGAUUGGUGAGAUGGGGCUUAAUAGGUUUAACGUUAAAACAAAAAGUUUCUUAACGUAG